AUGGCCGAGCCCUUCCCUCAACUCCUCAUCGCUGCAGCCCGCCAACACCUCAGAAUCGGGAAGAAGAAAGUCUUAUCCCGCUCAGCCUCCUUGAACCUUGCUGGCGAGAUACUGGCUGUAGCCGCCGGCUUGAAGCCAGCUUUCCUGUACGAUUACAAUUCCGCUGGGACUUCUCAGAUCCUAAGCUACGUUCAGCAGCUUCAAACCAUCAAUCCGCUUGGAUGCCGGCUACACAUUCUGAGCAUAGCUGAAAACGUUCUGAUUGUCAACUUGGGGUUGAUGCUGCUGUGGUUGGAGACAAUCCUGCUUAAGGACAACAUCCCCUUUGUUGACGUUUCUGCUUCCAGGACAUGCCCCAGCCUUUGUGAUCUGGAAGACGUGGGUCUCAUCAAAGGCCACCUGUCGGAGAUACUGAAUCAUAUUAAAGCCCAGGCAGCAGACACAUCUCAGAUGCUUUCCUCCAGUGCAGUCUUUUGCUCAAAGUGGAAUCUAUGCACUCUCUUUGGUGUCUUGCUGGGCUAUCCGGCUGCUUACAGUUUCCCUGUUCAGAAGAGCUUUGACAAUUGCCUUUCUCUGACCCCACUGAGGGUGUUCACUGUCCAAGCCACGUUCUGUAAGAUAAGCAACGAUUUCAGAGUACGCUUUUACUCCUUCAGCAUCCCAGAGCUCUUGUAUCCUGUCAUGAAAAUAGGUCUUGAUGCAUGGUGCGCAAAUCUCAAGGAUGCUUUUAAAGCUCAGAAAGACUUUGCAGAUCUUUGCAUUACAAAUGAUGUCGUUGCUCUGGCAGCAGUGGCCUUGUAAAUGUGGGCUGCAAUCCAGAGGAAUGCAGCAAUUUCCCCUCACGCCGUAUUUGAGAAGUAUUUUGGGGAGUAUGACUCAGUGCUUAAGAAAAGGAAGUGGGGAAAUGGUGGAGCUCUUAUGCUAUUGGAGUCAGGGGCAGCCAACCGGUGCCCUCCAGAUAUUGAUGAAAUAAAGCUCCCAUCUUCCUUGACAGGAGCCUCUCACUUGCAAAUUUCUGUGGGUGUCUAUACCCAGACUCAGUGUAUAUAUGGAAGCAGCAUUCAAAAUGAAGCCUUGUUAACCCCAGCCACAAAUAUUUCAGCUGUUUGUUUCUUUGCUUUUACCAGUCCCAACUCCUAGGCCUGGGAUGGGGAAGCUGCAGUUCUUCAGCUGUUGAACUCCAUCUCCCAGCCAGUGUGACUACUAGUACAGUCAAACCUCGGUUGUCGAACGUAAUCCGUUCCGGAAGCCCGUUUGGCUUCUGAAAUGUUUGACAAUCGAGGCAUGGCUUCCGAUUGGUUGCAAGAGCUUCCUGCACUCAAGUGGAAGCCGUGUCAGAUAUUCAUCUUCCGAAAAACAUUAGAAAACUAGAGCAUUUACUUCUGGGUUUUCGGCGUUCGGGAGCCAAAACGUUCCAAAACAGAAGUGUUUGGGAGCCGAGGUUUGACUCUACAGGAUGAUGGAAGUUGUAGGGACAUGGGUUCUCCAGCCUUGUCCUACAUGAUCAGACAGCACAUAGCUGGAUUGUGGGUUUUGAGGUUUCCAAAGCUAAGGCAAUUGUGUGACAUUCCCAUACAAAACCCUCUGGAAAGUGGAUGCAUCAGACAGACACUGUACUUUUUGUAUUGUAGACUUUAAUUAUUAUUUUUUAAAGAAUACAACAGCCAAAUGAAGCAACAUACAAAGCCAAGCAGUCCAACAAACGCCUUUAGGAGAUAGCAAAGUUCAAAAUUCUGUAAGAAAUUAAAAACAGGUUUGAUACAAAAAUAGUCACUCUCUGUAGACAACUCAGAAUGCCCAAAUGCAAAAACAGUAACAUAAGCAAAACUAAAGGUAGGUUGUACUCAGGGUACAAAAUUUAAUAAGUAGGAUACUACAGCCGUUGCCAUCACUACCAGUAGGAGAGGAAUCCAAUGAUCCUGCCAUCUCUGCGGGGGAAAAAGAGAGAAAUCUAAUAAGAUAAACUAGGGUAUCAUGUGUCUCUGUAAUUCCUCCCUCUAUUCGAUCAGCUACACUUAAGUCUCUCCUAUACUUCGCUUUUGUAUUUUAUUCCAACAAAGUCUGUGGUUCUAUUUGCAUGGAACGGUGAUAUUAUUGAAUUUUUGGGAGUAGAAUAUUUCCCCCACUUUGCAAAGACAACUAAUGAGACUCACUGCAUAGAUGCUGAAGACUGAUUAAUUCGGAACUUAUCAUAAAUAAAAUACAAGAACUGCCCAAACCCACCACUCUAGUGAACCUGAAACAGUUGCACUUUCCUGUAUCUCGCUGGUCCAUGAAGGUUGUCCCAGCAUUACUGUUUUGAGUUUGUGCUGAAAUCUUAAGAGCACUGACUCACAUUUUGACCUGACAUCAUGGGUGUAGCUGCGGGGGAGAGGGGCAGCUGCCCCCCCCCCAAAUCAAUAAAAAAUACAUCACUAACUGAGGUUCUGCCCGCCCCCCCCCCAACAAAAAUCCUGGCUACGCCCAUGCCCGACAUGGCAUGCUCUAUCAACAGACUAUAUCAACAGUAUAAGGUAGCACAAAGGGGGCAUUCAGAGUGAAUUCCUACUUGGGUCUUUUUGCUCUGAGGGUGACUGAUCUCAUCUCGGCACUGCUGUAACUUGGCAAGGCAGCUGUGGUACUCGUCACUCAGAACCUCUAGCUCACAACGGAGAUCUCUGCACUGGGCAAGAAAGCAAACGAGUGUUUAGUAUGAAGGUUGUUCACUCCGCUUUUUCAAAAUGGUUUUGAGGGCAGCAAUUACCAAUAAGUUUAUUGUGGCGGCAGCACCUUGAGCAUCCCUGAUCCUGAACCAGGCUGGAUAGUUCUACUGUCCUAAACCUGGCUUUCUCUCCCACCUUACUUCACAGCACAUCUAGGGCUUCCUUCACCAUUGGCUAAAAAUUUCCUCCUUGUUUCAGGCUAUGAAUAAGGUUAACGCAGCAUGUAAUGUGAGAAAAUGACAUUAAACUUGAAUGACUUCUAGUUCCUAUAAAUGUUAUUGUGAAUGAAGUGUAUUGAUACAAGUUUUCCUAUCCUGAUGAACAGACAAAUUCAACAAAGUCAUUGCAUGAGCAGAACAACUUCCACAAGUAAAUGUUCCCCUGUAAAUGCCUGCCUGUUUUCUUCCCCAACCCUCCAGAGCAAGUUUGGGGUCCGUGUGCAGAGAGAGGGUGAGUUUUCAUUGCAUGAGCAGAAACCAUUCCAUUUGCACAAUCA